CCCGGUGCCACCGGGAUGGGCUCCGUGGGGACACGCCUCUGGGCGGGCGGGACCAGGUUCUCCGACCGCGCCCCCGGCACGGGCACGGUCGGACCCGGCCAGAUCCCCCGGCGCCCGCUGGACACGCAGGGACCGACCCGCCGAGCACCCAGGAUGCCCACCAGGACACUCUGGCUGCCUCUGGCGUGGCUGGUGGCCACAGCCACGGUCACUGUCACCCCGGUGCUCRCUCUGGAGGCCUCUCCCAGCUGGAUGACGCUGCUUAGAGAGCACCCGACCCCGCCUGUGCCCCCUGCUCCUGCCACGUCUCCCUCGCAGGACUUGGGGACACCUGUCCUGCCUGUGCCCACCCCCAGCGACCACCCCGAGUGGCUGCCUGGCUGGGAUGUCACAGAUGUUCCCAGCCCUACAGCGCCCGAGGGAGCACUGGAGGAGCCGRACACCACGGCCAACGACACCGCUCCGGGCACCAGCGCCCCGCUGUGCCCCGGUGACGAGGAGCCGGCCGAGACCUGCGGGGAGCCCACGGGGGAGCAGCGGGCGGCCGUGGCCGAGGCUCUGGGCACCUUCGCCCUCCGCUUCUACCAGCGCAUGGCAGAGGCUGCCCAGCCCGACGCCAACCUGCUYUUCUCCCCCAUCAACGUCGCCACGGGGCUCUCGCACCUGCUGCUGGGCGCCCGCGGCGAGACCCGGGAGCGUCUGGCCGCCCUCCUGGCGUACCCGCCGGGGCUGGGCUGCGUGCACGGUGCCCUGCAGGAGCUGGCCGGCUCGCCCGGCCUCUUCUCGGCCGCUCAGAUCUUCCACGACCCAGAGCUGCACCUCCGGCCCCGCUUCCUCAACGACUCGCUGCGCUUCUACGGCGCCCGCCCGUCCGCCCUGAGCGGCAACGAGAGCCUGGACCUGCAGCUCGUCAACGCGUGGGUGCGGGAGGCCAGCAAGGGGCUGCUGCCCACGCUGCUGUCCGCAAUGCCCCCCGAGCCCCGCCUGCUGCUGCUCAGCGCCGUCCACCUGCGCGCCGCCUGGCGCACGCCGCUGAACCGCAAGAAGACGGUGCCGCUGCCCUUCCUGCGGCCCGGGCACCCCCCGCGCGUCGUGCCCACCAUGACCAGCGCCAAGUACCCGGUGGCUUCCUUCACCGACUCCCGCCUGCAGGUCCAGGUGGGACGGCUGGAGCUCAGCGGGGAGCUGAGCCUGGUGGUGCUGAUGCCACGGGGRCCCCUGGAGCCUCUGCAGACCCUGGAGCGGGCGCUGGACCCCCCGACCUUCCUGGGGUUGCUGCGGCGGGCGGCCCGCACCCCGCUCCGGGCCACCGCGCUGUCCCUGCCCCGCCUGCGCCUCGACCUCGCCCUGGAUGUGGUGGAGCUGGUCCACGACAUGGACUUCGGGCUGUUCCUGGACGCGGAGCUGUGCGGGCUGGCGUGGGGCCCGGCGGCGGUGGACGCGGCGCGGCACCGGGCGGUGCUGGCCCUGGACGAGGCCGGCGUGGAGGCGGCGGCAGCCAUGGCCACCUCGGUGGCUCGCUCGGCSCUGGUGCUGGAGGCCCUGCGCCCCUUCCUCUUCGUCCUCUGGCACAACACCGGCGACUUUCCCGUCUUCAUGGGCCGCCUCAGCGACCCCCAGCCCUGACUCUGCCCCUCCUGUGCCUGCCUUCCCUCCUCCCACCCCUCCCUCCUCCCACCCCUCCAUCCUUCCCUCCCGCCUCCUCUUCUCCCUCCUCCCUCCAUCCCUGCCUCCUCCUCUCCCUCCUUCCCUCUCUCCUUUACCCCUUUCCUCUCUCCUCCCAUCCUUCCUUCCCUUGUCCCUCCUCCAUUCCCUCCCUCCCUCCCCCCCUCCGUCCCUCCGUCCUUCUUUCCUCUCUGCAACCCUUGUCCCUCCUUCCUUUCCUUCUCUCCUCCCUCCCUCCUUCCCCUCUCCCCGCCAUCUCCCCCCUUUCCCUCCCCAUCUCCUCACCCUUCACCCGCCCCAGCUCGCCAGGGCACCAGGGGGACCCUGCUCCUCCCGUGCCUCAGUUUCCCCACCAGCUCGGGGUCCCAAUAAAGGCACCGAUCACCUCCCGGCUCCUGCGUGUGAGGAGGGGAAAGGGGCAGGCGGGGGCCACUGGUGYCCCCCACUCUGCGCCAAACUCUGUGCCAGAGCGAACCAGGGGUGGUGGCAGCGCCGGGGCAGGUGACACCCAGCACUUUUCUUAAAAAAAAAAAGCCUUUAU